AUGACAUACACCAUUGAUCCUAUAAUUAAUGAUAAAUGGAUGCCUCAUAUUAUACGUGACCUGUUGUUGAAUGAGAAUCAACUUCCCUUCUUUGUCCUCCAGAGAUUAUACAAUCUAUGCUUCUGCAAGGAUAAAUAUGGUGGUGGUUCGGAUCCAGAACAAAUUGAGGCGGCUGAAGCAUUCCGAACACGGACCCAAUAUUUUUUACAGAUUUUCUUGGUUUCGUCUCCCGAUAUGCUGCCUUUCUAUAACGUAAGGGAAAUCGCCGAUUUCCAUUUGCUUGAUUGUGUAUGGAAUUUCUUUACUUCAAAGCACUCGCAGCAGCAGCAGCAGCUGGUUUCCGAGAGACAAAUAUUAAUGGCUUGUCUUGAUAACCUCAAGGAGUUUCUCCAGAGAUUCAUAUCAAUUAUAUUAAUUGAUUUAUCGAAAACCCGAAAACUCAAAUGUGCAAUGGAGCUCAAGAAAGCGGCUGCGGUUAAGUUUAAGAAGAGCGAGACAUGGUGCUUCACGGACAUAACUUUCGAUCCCAAAGAGGGAAUGUUGAGUAUCCCAUCUAUUCAAAUUGACAACUCCACAGAUUCUCUGCUCCGAAAUCUCAUCGUCUUGGAGCAAUCAGGUGAGGAAUAUGGUAAAAAACCAGUCACAAGCUAUGUAGUCUUCAUGAAUGAGCUCAUCACCUCUCCUGAGGAUGUGAAGUUGCUGCAGGAGGAGCAUGGGGAGAUUUUUACAACUGGGAGCAGCAGCAACAUCAGCAUCAGCCACAGGAGCAACAGCAGCAAGAACAUUAAGCCAGCAGAGGUGGCUGUUUUUUUUGAAAAUCUUAUAAAAGAAGUUCCAUUGCUUGCAAAUGAUGAGCUCCACUUCGAGGAUGUUUAUAAGGAACUGAAUAGGUAUUACGAUGCCUCAUGGUUCCGAGUUGGGACAAUAUGGCACAGAUUCGUGUCAAGAUUCAACCAAUAUUUGAAUAUUCUUGGAACUAAAUAUUUCGACAGCCCAUGGUCAGUCAUAGCAUUCCUUGCUGCAGUAACUGUACUCGGCAUGACCAUCGCACAGACAUAUGCUUCUUUCAAGGGUUUGAGGCCUUAA